GGCCGUGUCCGGACAGCUUCUUCAUGGUGUUCAACAUCAGGGAGCAGAAGUACACGUGCGGCUGCCCGGCCGGCUUCCUGCUGGUGGCCGCCGUGAACCGCUGCCUGCGCGUGCGCACGUCCUGCCGCCACUGCGUGGAGAACCUCUACAUGUGGCCGGGCGACGGCCAAUACUACCGGGAGCUGACGCAGGGCCCGUGCAACGGCUCGGACCUGCUGGUCCAGACAGCAGACGGGCCCGUCUGCGGCUGUGGCAAGUACGCCGCCGACGACCGGCUGGGCCGCUUCCUGGAGCCGACGGCGCGCUGGCCGCUGGACGGCCGCUGCUAUCGGCUGUACGAGCAGGCGCUCUGCCCGGCCGGCCACUGGUUCAUCUGGAGCAGCGCUGAAGACCGGAUGCCCGUCUGCUGCCCCAGGGGCCACUUCUUCUGGCCCGAGGAUGGUCAGUGCUACGAGGAGUUCACACGGGGCCCUUGUCCCAAGAGCCAGAUGUUCAUCAAUGUACUGCGCAACUCUGUGUGUAUCUGUGAUGACCAGUGGGGCUUCACGGUGCUAAACCCAGGGGACGGCAAGUGCUACUUGCGGAACACGCAAGGCCCGUGCAAAUCUGGUUUUCGUUUUCUGGGCACCAGCGACGGUCAAAAGGUGUGCGACUGUAUGCCAGGGGAGUUCUUCUACUCGCCGACGGAAAAGUGCUACCCGCUUUACCAACAAGGUCCCUGCGGGCCCGGCCAGUGGCUGGAGUUCGCCGCCGCCGCCGGCCGGGCCGUGUGUCGGGAGUCGCCGUGUCCCCUGCUGGCCGCGUCCGGCGCCUCCGCCCGCGUGCCCCAAGCGCGCCUGCUCGACCUGCCGGCGCCCAGACCGCUCGUCUUCUGGAGAAUCACCGCCAGGUGUUACCAGAUCGGCAGCCAAGGUCCGUGCAGUGACGACUUCCGUCUGGAGCUGGACGAGUACGGUAUCACCCCGGUCUGCCAGCCGUUGCACGAGCCCAACAGAGACGUACCCGUGCAGGCGCCGAUGAACGAGCUGACGCGCUGUCCGCCGGGCUCGUACAGAGCCAUCUCUGGAGCGUGUCCGCCAGUUCUAGUUACAACGAUGGAAGCCGACGCUGGCGCCGUCUGCGGGGAAAUGCAGGAGUGGUCGGCGGCGGCGGGCCGCUGUGAGCGGCACCACGGCCUCGGCCCGCUCCACUGGACCAUCUACAACUACCAGCGCAAGGUGGCAGCGCGGCAGGGCGACGGGCGCGACGUCUAG